AUGGUCAUAUUAAGUAUAAUUAUAGCGAUGAAACAAAUAAAUGUUCGGCUUUUAGGUGCAUUCAGUAGCUAAAAAGAUCUGCCUGACUGGAUGCAACGUUGACAAGAAGACUGAGCUAACCGCGGUAACGUUAGCUAGCCAAGUCAGGCAGCAUCAGCGGGAAUGUAUUGACUAGUUAGCUAUCCCGUAGAUCGGUUUCUACUUAAGCACCAUUGUCAAUUCAACAGGGCAGCAGAUGUUACAAAGUGCACUGACAUGACUGAAACAAUGGAUGAAAAGAUGGAGGUUUGUCCCCUGUCGGAUGAGAUGGAGAAAGAACAAAAGAUUGAAGACCUGGCUGACUCACCAUAUAAGGCCCUGAAACCACGGAAUGAAAUGAGUAGAGACAUAACUCUAUCUCAAAUAGUUGAAGGGAAGAGGGAGAAAAAGACGGUGCAAAGACUUGAUUUCCAGGUUGCAAAACCUGCGAAGGUGCUGAAAGUUGAAAAUGGUGGCGGAGAUAAAUUAGGAGACAUUGCGAGAGUGAACCACCACCUUGGAAAGCUGAAGGUUCCAGAUCUGAAACCGCUUCAUACAAUUCUCUUUGAUAUGCCAGGUAAGAUUGCCACAAUGAGGAAAAACAUGCGGCUGUUCAAUGGCUUCCCGUUCGAGGUUGACAGUGAUCCCUAUAUAAAGAAGAAGGAGAGGAUGAUGAGGAUAACAUGUGUAAGGUUGAGGACCAUCUGUAAAGUGUUGGACCUGGAGAAGGGUGGAAACCAGUCAGUCCUCAUCGAUAGGAUCAUGACUUUCCUCAUUAGUCCCAGAAUAUCAGGAAAGCCUGUGAUCUCAAAGAGAAAGAAGAAGUCGAAGAAGAAUAUCUCAACCAAAGACUCUAAGAGCAAGACCAAGGCUAAGGCCAGGAGUACAUCCAGCAGCCCCCGGAAGGUCAAAGCAGAGAGCAAGUCCAAAGCUAUCGUCACUGAUUCUAGCAGUGAUGAGGAUGACGAGCAAGGAGUCACAGUCGAACAAGACGAGUCGGACGCUGAAAAGAAGAGCUGGAAAUCGGGAAAGAGGGAAAAGGUGACGACCGAUGAAGAUACCGAUGAUUCUGAAGACGAUGAGGAUCCCAAGUCAAAUCCACCAACCAAGGGCAAGAGAACACCUUCCAGGAAGCGUACGCAACCGGCAAAGAAGGCAGCUCCUGCCAAAAAGAGAACAAAAGUGGAAGACUCCGACCUGUCUGAGUCUGAUUCGGACAAGGAUGAUUCAGACAAGGAUGAUGAGGAUGAGAAAGACAGCGAGAGUGAAGUUGAGAAGCCAAAAAGGAAACCGGCAGCUAAGAGGGCAGCACCGGCCAAGCCAGCAGCUAAGACCAAGAAAGCAGACAGCAGCAGUAACAAACAGAAAAAGACUGCCAGCAAGGGCAAUGCAGCACUCGACAGCUCGGACGACGAUGAGCCGUUGAUCAAGAUGAUCAAGAAGCCUCCGACAGAUGAGCAGCUGAAGGAGACGGUGAAGAGGCUGCUGAAAGACGCCAACCUGGAGGAGAUGACCAUGAAGAAGAUCUGCCAGAAGGUGUAUGACACAUACCCAGACUAUGACCUGACCAGCAGAAAGGACUAUGUCAAGCAGACAGUAAAAACGCUGAUUUCCUAAAGGACAUGAAAACGGUCCUUGUGACAAAUAACUGUGUGAACGUUCCAAUGCUGGAAAAGGAUAAUCAAAAGAAUGUGCCUACCUUAGAGCUGCUCAAAGCAGAGUUUUACUUCAUGUUUUUAUUUGAAUCCAAAUGUUUUUGUUUCUGUAUUAUGUCAUUUCCAACUUGACUGCACACUUCUCUUAGGUCAUAUUUAACAUGCUACUUAAGGCUUAUGCAUUUGAGUCAUUGCUUGUUAAUAAUCUGUGCUUUGUUAAUACACUUUACAGUUUUUCUACUGAUCCCAAGCAAAGGGUAUUUAGGCUAAACGAACCGCGUUUAGAGAUUCAAGGUUGGUCACUGUAAAUGGAAACAUGUCCUCAGGCAAUGCAUGAAUUCACACAUGGUUGAUUUUAAAUGUAUUUCUUGACUUGACCAGUCAAAAUAGAAAAAGGCCCCUCACCAUAGCUAUCCACUGCCUUUGUCUUCUGUGGAGGAUUUCAAAUCUUUCCCUCUGUGGUUUUGAUGCACAUAUAACAGCUUUAUUGCAACAAGGCAGUGGUAUGUAUGUAUGUAUGCUGGGGUGUAUUCACUAGAACCAAACGGGGAGGGACCUACAGGAAUUUGAACAAUAAACUUUCUGUUUUUAGUAAACGGUUUCUGUUGCAAAACAUUUUGGACUAAUGAUGGAUUUGCAUGGCAAGCUGUUCAAUUGAGUUUUGAAAAGUAUUGUCACGGUCAAGUCUUCAAACAUAAUCCUUGAUUGCAUUUAUAAGACUUCAUGUUUUUAUAUGUAAAUGUGUACAUUUGUGAAUCAUUUACUUUUUAUGAGCUCCUGUUUUAGUCCUUAUUUUGUCUCUGUAUGCAGUACAGGAUGAUCUAUGUAGUUGUUACUUUGCUCAAUGAAGAGUUUGAUUUUUUUUUUUUGUCAAUAUACCUUUGACAAAGUAAGUGUCAUUGAAUGAAAUUGUCUUCCAAUGUUAUGCAUAUAUAUUAAAUCAGAUUUUUGAAUGAA